AUGGCGGAGUACGAUCUGACGCAGACGCUUCUAGCGUACUUGGAUCCGCAUCUUGGCUUCCCUCUGCUGGCGCACUUGAACACGACUAAGCUCUUUGAUGCAAAGGAGCUAGCGAAGGCGCAGUAUGAGCUGGCUAAGCUGACCGACAUGGUAGACUUUACCUUGCAGUUCCAUCGCGAAGCGUUCCCUGGCGAAGCAGAGCCGAGCGACGUGGUGGAACGCGGAAAGAUGCUGGAAGAGAAGAAGUCGAAGCUGGAGAAGGAGGCCGAGCGUGUCCUGACGGUGAUUGAAGACCCAAAUGUGGCCGCGCAACUGAAGCAGGACAAGGCCGUCAACAUGGAGUGGCUGCAGAAGAACUACCAGCUGACCGCUGACCAGGUCAACGUGCUGUAUGACUAUGGCCGUUUCCUCUUCUCGUGUGGCAAGUACAAGGAGGCUUCGUCGUACCUAUACCACUACUGGAUUCUCUCGCCAGAGAGUAAGAACACCGAGUCGUGCCUUUGGGGUCGCUUGGCCUGCGCGAUCCUUACAGGAGAGUGGGACCGCGCCCUGGACGAUGUGCGGCUGCUGCGGGAGCACAUCGAUGCGCAGCGCACGACGGCGCCUGGCGCCUUGGGCCAGAACACUGCGACGCAUGAAGAGAUUUUGCAGAAGCGUGUGUGGCUCUUGCACUGGAGCUUGUUUGUGUUCUUCAACAACCCAACGGGCCGUGUGAAGCUGGUGGAAAUGUACCUGAGCCCGGCGUACCUGAGCACGAUGCAGAUGUCGUGCUGGUGGCUGCUGCGCUACCUCGUCGUAGCCCUUAUUCUCACCCGGCGGCAAGCGACGCGCGGCUUCGUUGUCGACAGCAGUGGCUCUUCGCAAAACACCAAGAUGUCGACGCAGGCUGCGCUGCGUGAGGUCUCCAAGGUGAUCCAGAUGGAGUCGUACCGUCUGCGUGCGGAUCCGUUUGUGGACUUUUUCCGUUACCUCUACGUGGACCUGGACUUUGAUCACGCGCCGGAAGAGCUGGCCAAGGCAGAGAAGGCGAUCUCGACGGAAUUUUUCCUGCGUGACCAUGCGACUGCGUUCAUGGAGCAGGCACGUCUGCUUACGACAGAAGUGUACUGCCGUAUUCACCAGAACGUCACGGUGGCCGACCUCGCGAAGCGCGUGAGUCAGUCGCCGGACGAAUGUGAGAAGUGGCUUGCGUCGCUGGCGGCGGAUGGCAAGACAGACAGCAAGAUCGAGUUCAAGGAUGGCCUGGUGCGCAUUAACCAAUCGCGUCCGAAUGUAUACCAGUCGGUCAUUGACAAGACGCGUGGUAUUACGCAGCGCACCACCACGUUGACACAGUCGAUCGAGCGUCGUGAAAACCGUGUGCGCAAGACGCCGUCGCGUUCCGACAAUGCUGACGCAGAUGUGGACGUGGACGCUGAGGCGGAGAACGAGGCGGACGUCGAUGCAGAAGCCGAGGGCGAAAUGGAGGUAGACGCGGAGGCUGAGGCGAAGGCGCCGGCUUCGUAG